UGGCGGGGAGCGGGGCCGGGCCGGCUUCUCUGGCCCUCGCCCGGGCGGGAUGGGGAAACGGGAAGACGGGCGGUGGAACACGUGGGGCCUUCCCCCCGCCCCGGCAGAGCUGCAAACCUGCCGGUUUUCCUACGAGGGGGCUUCAGCUCUUGCUGCUAAUUUACCCUGUUGAGAUAACGUGAUUUUAUUGUUAUAUGAUACUUAAAAAGGGGGGGGGGGAACUUCGCCAAAUCGUCCAGGUUUUUGGUUCUUCAGCAUUUAAUCAUACACAGUUGCACCUUCAUAGCUGCACUAGAGUUGAAUUUUCAACUGCCAGGAGCCACGUUUUGGAGUAGCAUAGCAGAUGACUUUUCACCUGCAGUUUACAUCAUGUAUAUUUCACGUAUACAGUGUAGAUGAUCAUCAGUUUGGGGUGUUCAGAAAUUUCAAGUAAGCUCUGAAGAAAUGAAAGUUAGGAUGUCGUGUGUUGGACUGCGAAAUCUUCUCCAAGGGCUGAGCUCCAGUGUCAAAUACUACUCUAAGCGUAACAGUCAUCAAGCAAUAUGUCUCUAUAGUAAAAUAAAACCCCAAAAAAGCCGCAUCCUGGACUCUUCAGGAAGUACAUGCACACACAGGACUUUGCCACCUGGAAGCAUCCUGCCGUGGAGAUUCUUUUCCUGCAAGCAGGAAGGAACAGAAAUCCCUUCCAAAAGGAAGCAAAACACAGCCACAAUAACAUCAGAUCUUUUGUACAAGAAUCUUCUGAAAUCAGAGCAGGAAAACUGGAAUGACAUUUCAGCAAGAUACAAAGCUAUGACAAAAAAAAUCAGGGAAAAAUUAGAAGACUUGCACAACAAGUAUACGUUGAACUUGGUGAGCCCAAGGAUGAGAUUCAGAGAGAAUGUGUACUUUGAAGAGAAUGGCUGCAUAUUUCUUUCAAAAGCAGAUGAUGUAGAUGAAGGAAAUGUUGACGUUUUAUUCAGUACCAAAGAUCUUGGCUUUUCUGAUGCCUUUAUUCAACGGAUCAGAAUUUCCCCAGAAGAGAAAUACAUGGCCAUCAGCUUAAAAAGUGACAAUUCUGAAGAGGCAACAUGCGUUAUUAUGAAACUUGGCCGUUUUCCUGUUGUGGAAAAAGUAAUUCCAAGUGUGUUUAGUUUUGAAUGGGCUACAAAUGAUGUUCUGUAUUACACAAGUCAGAAGAACCUUAAGUGCCAGAAUGUGUUUAUGACCAGUUUCACUAACCAGAAACAUACUAAGUUAGUUUAUACAGAACAAGAUGCAAGAUUCUUUGUGGACUUACAUUGCACAAAAGAUAGACGUUUUCUCACUAUCAAUAGCAACAGCAAGACAACCUCAGAAGUUUGGCUGGUUGACUGUAGACAUCCUUCUAAGUUACCUGUUCUUGUACAAGCACGAACAAAAGGGGUCAUUUACCACAUUGAGCACAGAAAGGAUGAGUUAUAUAUUCUUACUACGUAUGGAGAACCUGCAGAAUAUAAGCUAAUGAAGGCCCCAGUAGCUUCCAGUGGCAUGGAGAACUGGCAGUUAGUUUAUGCACUGGAAAAGAAAACCAAGCUAGUAGACUUGGAGAUGUUUAGUGAUCACUGCAUUAUGUUCCUGAAGAUUGCUGGUCAUCUUUACUUAAAUGUGCUUUCUUUUGUUUCUCGUUCAGUUCAGUCAAUAAAGCUACCUACAUGGGCCUGUGAAUUUGAAUUGGAAUCUCAUCCUGAACAUACCACCAGCACUUGCUAUUUUCAGCUCACCUCUCCAGUACACCCCCCUAAGCGUUUUGCAUAUUCAUUUAAAGAAAAUAAUCUCAUUGAACAAGCUGUGCAAGAGGUACCAAUUAUUACGAAUUGUCACACUACACGUUUACUAGCUAAAAGCAAGGAUGAAACUUUGGUGCCAAUUACAGUUUUUCAUAAUGCGAAUUCUAAAGAGCUACACAGGAAACCACUUCUAGUUCAUGUAUAUGGAGCUUAUGGCAUAGAUUUGAACAUGAGCUUUAAAGAAGAGAAGCUGAUGUUAAUUGAAGAGGGUUGGAUAUUAGCAUAUUGCCAUGUUAGGGGUGGAGGAGAGCUAGGCCUGAGCUGGCACAAAGAUGGAUGUCAGCAUAAUAAACUCAAAGGUCUCCAUGACCUUAAGGCUUGCAUCAUGCUGCUGCACGAACUAGGAUUUUCUCAGCCAAAAUACACAGCACUAGCAGCUGCCAGCGCGGGAGGAGUUCUUGCAGGAGCCCUGUGCAACACUGAUCCAGAACUGAUCAGAGCCAUGGUUUUACAGGCUCCUUUCGUAGAUGUUCUAAAUACAAUGAUGAAAACCCAUCUCCCACUGACAAUUGAAGAACAGGAAGAAUGGGGAAAUCCAUUAGCAGAUGAAAAAUGCAUGAAGUAUAUCAAAAGCUAUUGUCCAUACCAGAAUAUUAAGACACAGUGUUACCCUUCAGUUUUUAUCACGGCGUAUGAAAAGGAUCAACGGAUACCACUAAUAGGAGUUUUACAGUAUGUUCAGAAACUUAGAAAGGCUGCACUAGAUCAUGCCAGCAGGACAAGUGAGAACGUGAUUGCUAGCUUCAUUGUUCCAGGAAAUCAGAUCCCUAAUAUCAUCUUAGACAUCCGGGCAAAUGGCAGUCAUUGUGAUUCAUCGUGGGAGGAUUCACUGAAGGAGGUUCGUUCCCUUACUGCACCCAUCCGAAACAGGUUGGAGGGAGGUGUCCCCUCGAUCGAUGCUGCAACCUCAGGAGUUCAUGCAGUCCUUGAAUGUAUGUUUGAAGUAUCAAAAAAAAAUCCUGCUGGAAUUAAGAUUGUUCUUGCUAUAUAUAUAUAUUGCAAGAACAACUGCUGGUUUUAUACGUGUAUAUAUAUAUACACACACACACAUAAUUAUAUAUAUUCAUCAAUAUAUAUUUUAUGGAUAUAAAAGAGCCAGUGAUAGAGCCGGAUUAUUGAACCUCAUUGUGCCUUAAGCCUCAAAAUAGUGUUGAACUCCCACUAUAAUGUGCUGAGAGCUUUGAAUGAAAGGUUUUAAGUUGUGCAAAACAUGGUUCCAGCAGGAAAAGUCUUGCACUGUAGAGUAUUAAGUGCUUAAAAUUGUCAUGCUGGCUAUUUACAUCCAUCUUUGUCAUGAGUAAAAUACAUAUGAUGGGUUUGACCUUUACCUUCUGAAAUGCCCGAUCUGUACUAUCAAAGAAUGCUACUACAAUUAAGUUUCAAGACUUUACACUUUCUACAAGCGUGCAUGUUGAAAGCAACAUAGCAGCAAGAGCUGACAUUGUUACUGAUGUCUCAGACUAUCAUGGUUGAAUGCAAAUUGUAUUACUGUUAAUUUUAACAAAUCCUACCAAAUGUUACUCGGUUGUUAUGUCCGUUAUUCCCAAAACUAAUUCUUUAAGGAAAAGCCUCAUUCUGUCUUUGGGGAAGGUAUUGCUUAGCAUUAGUAUGGGAAAGGAAGAUGAUUAAAAUAGCUGUACAAGAACCUGAAGGAAUAGUGCAAAGAAUUUCUCUAUUUUGUAAU